ACCGGAAGCGGAAGAGUAAGUUACUGUUUAGGGAAGCGUUUCUUCUAGUGUGGAGUUCAGUGUUUCUGAGAACUUUCUUUAGUAGUUACAUACAAGACCAGCUUUUAAACGUGAUAUCAUGGCUACAGCGUUACCCGGUCUUCCCUCACUGCCCCCUCAGUUUAAACCCAUUCAACAUCACUUAAGAACUGCGCAGGAACAUGAUAAGAGAGAUCCAGUGGUCGCCUAUUACUGUCGUUUAUAUUCAAUUCAGACAGGAAUGAAGAUUGACAGUAAAAGCCCAGAGUGUCGUAAAUUUUUAUCAAAACUUAUGGAUCAGUUGGAAACUCUGAAGAAGCAGUUAGCUGGUAAUGAAUCUGUUGCUCAAGAAGUAGUUGGCAAUGCUCAUGUGGAAAACUAUGCCUUAAAACUUUUUCUGUAUGCUGACAGUGAAGAUCGAUCUGGGAGAUUCCACAAGAAUAUGAUUAAGUCCUUCUAUACAUCAAGUCUUCUGCUGGAUGUUCUGUCUGUGUUUGGGGAGCUCACUGAAGAGAAUCUUCAGCAUAGGAAGUAUGCAAGAUGGAAGGCAACCUAUAUUCACAAUUGCCUGAAAAAUGGAGAAACCCCACAGGCUGGACCUGUAGGAAUGGAAGGAGAAAUGUAUGGUGAUGAAGACAUUGAGGGAACGUCAGCUUUCCAACCUCCUUAUCCAUCAUCAUCUUUGAGUGAUCCUAGCAACAUGCCAACAACCAAUUACUCUAACAUACAAAUUCCUCCUGGGGCCCAUGCACCAGCUAACACUCCAGCAGAAGUACCUCACAACACAGGUGUGACAAGCCAUCCAACUGUCCCGCCUGCAGCACAAAACAUCCCAUCUGUCGACCCAUCACUGUUCAAUGAGAAACCUCAAGGAGGAAUCCAUCUGACACCUCAGGACUUUGCUACAGCUCAGAAAUACUGCAAGUAUGCCGGGAGUGCCCUUCAAUAUGAAGACGUAGGCACUGCUGUUCAGAAUCUUCAGAAGGCCCUCAAGUUGCUCACCACUGGCAAAGAAUGAAGCCUUUGUGUUUGUUCACAUACCCAAUUCACUGGCCAAAAUAGUUCACAGCCCAUAGAACUCCACCCUCAACAGUAACCAGACAACACAGUUUUAUAAAGGCCCCAGGCUGUGCUCUACGUAACAAUGAGAUCUGUGUUUCCAUGUCAAAUUCCUUCUCUUGGAUUAGUCAGCUGCCUGGAGCCCUUUUUGUUUUGCUCAAUGUCAUGGAAUAAGAACUAGCUAGGCAUCAUAAUUUGGUGUUUAUGAGGUACAACUAGAUUACUGUUGCAAAUACUUCUGCAAAGAGAUAGUAUUUGUUUCAGGUUUAUAUUGGGAUGCAGUGAAGAAGUAUGGUCCAUGCUAGUAGUACUCUCAGAGACUUUAUUUGUGAUGGUGUGUGCUACCUUCCUGACUUUUUACUCAUAUUCAUAGUAGGUACUUAUGUUUACAUGGUGGAGGGCAGUGACUGUUAUUUUAGAAGACCCUAACAUGUUUACAUUUACUAAUUGAAUAUUUAGAAUUAUAGCUCUAUCCUUUAAUUAUUAAAGUUAUGGACAUCUGGUAGUAGGCCAUUAAUUAGAUUUUUGCCUGAUUGUACACUCUUCAUUAGAUUUCUCAAGUGACCUCAUUAAAUGCCUCUUUACACAGCAGCACAAGUUUUGUUCAUGUCAUUAACUAAUCAGAGAUGCUAUGUUCGGUUUUAAUUCUCAUUAUUCAUUUUGGACUAAAGAAAAUAUACUGAACUAUUACAUAAAUAUGAAUCAAA